AUGGACAGUGCGAAGACGCUCGGCGCGGGCGACGGCAGCCUGCCCGAUCAAGCGAUGCUCGACACACCGGAUUACACGGACUCGGAAUCCAAUCCCACAGGCACGGCAAACAGCGUGGCCGGGGAUGCGACUCAGAACGAUGGCCGAAAGCGUCGGUGGGAGGGCAACCAGCUGCGCAAGAGCAUGUUCGGCAAGAAGCACGAUAGGCUAGGCGAAAGCAAAGAGGACGACUCGAUUCGACGAUUUCGCUACUUGCUAGGCCUCACCGACCUGUUCCGCCACUUCAUUGACACCAACCCAAACCCCAAGAUCCGAGAGAUUAUGGCGGAGAUUGAUCGUCAAGAUGCAGAAGAGGCGAGUCGAGCGCAAACUGGCAACAAGCGCAAGGGCGGAGCGGGCGGUGAUAGGAGGCGGCGAACAGAGAAGGAGGAAGAUGCUGAGCUGUUGCGUCAGGGCAAGCAAGAGGGCAAGGCAGAGCACACCAUAUUCCGAGAGAGCCCGCAAUACAUUCAAGGCGGCGAGAUGCGUGACUACCAAGUCUCCGGUCUCAAUUGGUUGAUCAGCCUGCACGAAAACGGUAUCUCAGGCAUUCUCGCCGACGAGAUGGGUCUGGGAAAGACUCUGCAGACCAUCAGCUUCAUUGGCUACUUGCGAUUCAUGCAAGGUACUACAGGCCCACAUCUCAUCGCAGUGCCCAAGUCGACGCUCGACAACUGGAAGCGAGAGUUUGCCAAGUGGAUCCCCGAAAUCGAUGUUCUUGUGCUGCAAGGUGCCAAGGAGGAGCGUCACGAGCUUAUUAACGAUCGUCUGAUCGAUGAGAAGUUCGACGUCUGCAUUACUUCGUACGAGAUGAUUCUUCGUGAGAAGAGUCACCUCAAGAAGUUUGCAUGGGAGUACAUUAUCAUUGAUGAAGCCCACCGCAUCAAGAACGAGGAGUCGUCGCUUGCUCAGAUCAUCCGCAUAUUCAACUCAAGGAAUCGGCUGCUCAUCACCGGUACUCCGCUCCAAAACAACUUGCACGAACUUUGGGCUCUCUUGAAUUUCUUGAUGCCUGACGUUUUUGGAGAUUCCGAGGCGUUCGACCAAUGGUUCAACAACCAAGAUGCAGACCAAGACACUGUGGUCCAGCAACUCCAUCGUGUCCUCCGUCCUUUCCUCCUGCGCCGUGUCAAGAGCGAUGUGGAAAAGAGCUUGUUGCCGAAGAAAGAGAUCAAUUUGUACGUAGGCAUGAGCGAGAUGCAGAUCAAGUGGUACAAGAAUAUCCUGGAGAAGGAUAUCGAUGCUGUCAACGGAGCGGCAGGGAAAAAGGAAAGCAAGACUCGUCUGCUGAACAUUGUCAUGCAACUCCGAAAGUGCUGCAAUCACCCCUACCUCUUCGACGGCGCCGAGCCCGGUCCGCCGUACACCACCGACGAACACUUGGUCGACAACGCAGCCAAGAUGGUCAUGCUUGACAAGUUGCUCAAGCGUAUGCAGGCACAGGGCAGCCGCGUCCUCAUCUUCUCUCAGAUGUCCCGUGUUCUGGAUAUCCUUGAGGACUACUCAGUCAUGCGCGGCUACCAAUAUUGUCGUAUCGAUGGCUCUACUGCCCACGAGGACCGUAUUGCGGCGAUCGACGAGUACAACAAGGAAGGAUCAGAGAAAUUCUUGUUCCUCCUCACCACUCGUGCGGGUGGUUUGGGUAUCAAUCUGACAACUGCCGAUAUUGUUGUCCUGUUCGAUUCCGACUGGAAUCCGCAGGCCGAUCUUCAAGCUAUGGAUCGUGCUCACCGUAUUGGUCAGAAGAAGCAGGUGAUGGUAUUCCGUUUCGUGACCGAGAAGGCCAUUGAGGAGAAGGUGUUAGAGCGCGCUGCGCAGAAGCUCAGACUCGAUCAGCUGGUCAUCCAGCAAGGACGUUCACAACAGCAAGCAAAGCAGGCCGCUUCCAAGGACGAGCUUCUCGGCAUGAUUCAGCACGGUGCGGAGACCAUUUUCGAGCAGAAGGAAGGCUUUGGUGCCAAUGGAAUGACCGAGGACGACCUCGACGCGAUCUUGCGCAAGGGUGAAGAGAAGACCAAGGAAAUGACGUCGAAAUACGAGAAGCUUGGUCUAGACGAUCUCCAGAAGUUCAGUUCUGAGGCUGGAGGUGCCUACGAGUGGAACGGCGAGAGCUUUAUCAACCGCAAGAAGGAAAUCGGGCUGAAUUGGAUCAACCCAUCAAAGCGUGAGCGCAAGGAGCAGUCGUACUCCAUGGACAAGUACUACCGCCAGGCACUCAUGACUGGUGGACCGCGGCCGGAGCCAAAAGCCAAGGUGCCCAGAGCGCCCAAGCAGAUGGCCAUGCACGACUACCAAUUCUUCUCGCCUCGUCUAGGCGAUCUCCAGGAGAAGGAAACUGCCUGGUUCCGCAAGGAGAACGGACUCAAGGCUCCGCUUGCCGAUGGUGACGAGGACACGAUGGAGGAGCGUCUCAAGGAUCAGGAAGUCGAGCAGCUCAACAUUGACAACGCGGAGGCAUUGGCAGAAGAAGAAAUCCAGGAAAAGGAGCAACUCGCUCAAGAAGGCUUUGGCGACUGGAACAAGCGCGAUUUCCAACAGUUCAUCAACGGUAGCGCCAAGUUCGGACGAAACGACUACGAGAACAUAGCCACAGAAGUCGACUCCAAGGACGGAAAGGAAGUGAAAGAAUACGCCAAAGUCUUCUGGAAGCGAUAUAAGGAGAUCCACAACUGGGAGAAGCACAUCUCCGCCAUCAAGGAGGGUGAGCAGCGUGCAGCCCGCGUAAUAGAACAGCGCGACAUGCUCAAGCGCAAGCUGUCGAUGUACCGCGUUCCUCUCCAGCAGCUGAAGCUCAACUACACUGUCAGCACAACGAACAAGAAGGUGUACACCGAGGAGGAGGAUCGCUUCCUUCUCGUCAUGCUUAAUAAGUAUGGCAUCGACACCGAAGGCCUUUACGAGAAGAUCCGAGACGAGAUCCGCGAGAGCCCGCUGUUCCGUUUCGACUGGUUCUUCCUCUCUCGGACACCGCAGGAGAUUAGCAGACGCUGCGCAACUCUUAUUACCACCGUGACUCGCGAGAUGGAAGGCGGCACCGGCAAGGAGAAUAACAAGCGCGCAGCAGAUGAUGAUGACGAGGAUGAGGACCACGAUGCCGCCCCGGCCAAGAAGAAGGGACGUCCAGCUGGCGUGAAGGUAAGUCCCAGGAGAUGCCAACUCAAUCAAGAGGAUGCUAACUGAGUUCGCAGAACAAGACCGUCAACGGCGUCAAGGGCACGCCCAAUGGAGCAUCUCGUGCUGCUAGUGUCGACACGACUGCUUCUACUGGCGCGUCUGGUAAAGGCAAAGGCAAGGGCCGCAAGCGGUAA